CUCGCAUCGGAUGUUUAAUAUUACCCGUUUAACCCCCUGCGUAUGUAACGCAUGCUCCGAAGCCGAAGCAUCCGUUGCACACGCUCUCUGAGUCGGUUGAACUACCUAACCAAAUGUCACAUCGGGCGCUAAGGUAGUUCUGACAACUGUCUGGCCUUGUCUUGUCUUACAGAAUGCAAUGUAAUACAAUGCAAGUCAGUGAUAGGCGCACGGGAAUAAACUACUAGUCAAUUAUCCCCUGUAACAUGUCUUUGAUCUGUCUUGCUGUCCAUUUGUGGCGAUGCGUUUCUCUCGGGGAGUUUAUGUCAGAUUUGCCCACUAUUGGCUGCUCUCACAUUUCUUGGAUUCUGAAAGUGAAACCAUGGUGAUGGGAAAUUCUGGAGCUGGGCCGCUUAUUAAUAAGGCUAGGCGAGGAUAGGAUACAACGUCCAUGGCGGAUUCCGAGAAACGGACGAAGGAGCAAGGAUGAUACUCAAAUCCGCGUAUAGCUUCAACUUCCCUCGGGUCUUCAAACACCGUCUGCCAGCAUGUCAGCUCUUUACAACAGGAAUUGUCUCCUGUAAUACAACUCUCCUGAUGCUUCACAGAACCCAAUGAUCGAUGUAUAUUGAUUCGACUUGGUCAUAGUCAUGUUCUCAUCUCACUUGUUGUAAUUCUCGAUAGAGGCUCAUUGAGCUGUCCCGCAUAAGGCUGACAACUGCCGAAGAUCAGCUCAGCCAUCAGAUAAAACAAAGAACAACAGCCCUUUCACCUUAUAUCCGAAGUUUCACCAACCCACUGAGACACGAGACAUGACAAGGAUUCAUUAGGAGAUUUGUUCCCAAAUCCAGCAACUUCAGGAAACUUUUCCUCGACACUAGUUUCUUCACCAAGGGUUUGAAACCCAAAGCCUGUGCUGUGCUUGCUUGAUCACCCCUCAAUCGGUACCUGUUUGAUGUUCCACCAUCCAUUCACCAUCUAUCUAUCUAUGAGUGGCCAUCAUACGGGUUAAUUGUUCUGGAGUUUUUCCACCGCUCUCAGCUCGUCUUUAAACAUGUUGAGCUUGGUUCAUUGUGCUGGCGUAGAACGCCAUGGAUUCGGCUUAUAGACUUAUAAGAGAUGCUGCUCUCCGGCUUAGAUGGAGGACAGAGAGACGAUAGUUUCACUCACUGCUGGCUUGGAUAACUGACCUGGGGUCUAGUCCUCUUUGCAUUCUUUUGCUCUAUUCAUUCAUUUACCAUUCUGACUACAUACGUUCUUUUCCGUACACUAUCCCAACCGAAUACAUUCGUUCCUUGACUUAUAAGCCAACAUCACAAUGUCUCGUCUUCUCACUUUCGCUGCCGGCCUGGCGCUGGCUGCUGCCCAACUCACCUCCUCUUCCCUCGAGAACCACGUCGAUACCCUCACCUUGGGUGCCUCUUUCAACCCUGUCAAGGAAGCUUACUGGACUGGCCUUCCUCACCAUCGCCGAACUCCCUUUGCCGUCUCUCCCGAUGGAAAGACUGCUUUCCUGGCUUACCUCGAUGCUAGCGGUACUGGUGUCCACGUCCAGGGCGUUGAACCCAAGACCUUUGCUGCUGUUGGAACUCCCGUGACUGUCAAGAACGGUAAGGAGGCUGGUGGUCUUGUUGCCCACAACGAUGGCUUUGCUCUCCUGACCAACGAGGUUGUCUCUGGAGAGGCCAAGGACCCUCUUCCUGUGAUCUACAAGUACACCAAUGGCAAGCAAGCUUUCAGAACUCUCCUUGGUGGCUCUGGCUUCUCAGGAAACGCUCUUGCUUCUCCUGAUAUCAAUGGUGAUCUCGUCUUCUCUGAGAAGGCUGGCUACUACGCCGCCUACAUUGUUGUCACCUCAUACAGUGGCGAUGCUUCCGGUCACUUCGGUGAUGCCAUCCGCUAUAUCACCCCAGAGGGCAAGGUUGAGGAGAUCCAGGGUGCUUCUUCUUCUUGGGGCUGCUCUCACAACACCGGUAUCGCCUUCGAAGCAGCCGAUGAGCCUCCCUUCGCUUCCCUCUGCUCCGAAGAUCAGGGUGCUAUCUGGUUGAACACCGAGACUCAGGGCAUGAGCAACAACGGUGUCAAGGUCUCCAACGAGCACGUCAUCAACGGUGCCAGCAACGAGCCCAUGGGUGGAAUGAGUGGUUCUUACAGCUCUCUCGCUCGCUUCAUCGGUGCUGACUCUUACAUCUUCUCCUGGGUUUCUCGUGGUGCUAUCGAUCUUACUCUCAACGACUGGAUGGGUGAGGGCUACACUCAUGCUGAGAACCGUACCAACAACCGGAACGUUGCUAUUGCUCUGUUCUCUGACAAGAAGACCCUCAUUGGCGAGCAGGCUUCCUCCAAGGUCGGUGCCAAGGAUGGUGAUAGCCAAGUCAACUGGGUGACUCAUGGUGCCAACGACUGCUCCAACGCUCACGUUGCUACUUUUGAUGCUUCCACUGCUUUGGUUACCUGGGAGGAGAUCUCCAACCCUGUAUGCGAGUUCGAGGCCAUGGGUUGCAAGGGCAAGUUUGCUGGUACCAAGUUCCAGGCUGUCGACAGCAAAGGCAAGAAGCUUGGCUCUGCCAUCACUUCUGAGGAUACCUACGUUGCUGGUGACAUGGUCACUAUGUCUGAUGGCCGUAUCUGCUGGCCCUAUGUCAACAUGGCUUGGUCUCUCAGUGGUCCUACACAGGCUGCUGAUGUCAAGAAAAUCUCUUUUGCUUGUGUCUCCAACGGCAGUGGCUCCGGCUCCGGCUCUGGAUCUACCACCAAGGCUUCUACUGUUGUUGCUCAGCCUUCUGCUACCAAGACCCCCAAUGCCGGUGCGGCCAAGCCUUCGACUGUUGAGUCUGCUGACGCUGCUGAGGGUUCUUCUGGAGAAUCUGCCGUCUCUGAGGGAGCGCCUCGUCCCUCUUUCACUACAGUCCCUGGCUCUGUGACUAAUGUUCUCCCCGCACCCACUGACGUUGCUUCAUCUGCUGCUGCUGAGAAACCUUCCUCAGUUGUUGUCAAGCCCUCUGCCCCCGCUGAUCCUGUGGAUGGUGACAACGAGCCUGCUACCACCGAGGCUCCAACCAAGGUGGCCCCUGUUACUACCCAAGCCCCUGUUGAGACUCUUCCCACGUACGCCGAUGGCGAGGAUGACUGCAACGAGGAAGCCUCAGGUAACUCUCCUGUUACCACCCAGGCACCUACCAAGGUCAACAAGCCUUCUGGCCGCCGCACUCGCACUCGAACCCGCACCCAUGCUCGCCGCCCCAGCUCUCCCUUUUCCAAGAAGGAGUGUGUAGCCAAGACCGUCACCCAGACUGUCUAUGUUACUGCUACUGCUGCCCCUAAGUACUAGUGGCUGGUUCAUCUAUCACCAGCAGCAAAUGGAAUCGCCUGUGUGCCUGACAAUUAUUCGUUCUUAUACAUAGUACUUUACCUUUAACAGCCCACAAUUCAUAUAUAAGAUACGAUGUGGAGUCUUUGUUUAUACUUGAUAUGAAUACUUUGAAUUGCAAGAAAUGAUGCUCG